AAAGCACAUUGCGCAUUCUUUACAUAAUCUUUUAUCUGGAACUGUAGAAGCAAAUAUAUUGUUUAUUGGAUAUUGAUCCAUGUAUCUAAGUUACAAUUUGCCCCGCUUGUUGCUCUAUACAUCAGUUUAAACUUUCCAAGCAUCUAUCCAGCCACACAAUGGUGUUAAUUACCGCAGAUCUCAUUCGAAAACGUGCAGAACACAAUGAUGGGGAGAUAUACUCCCUUGAAGAAGUGGCUUUACAUCAACAAAAUCUUGAAAGGAUUGAGCUUAUUGAGAACUUGUGUAAAAGCCUUAGAAUAUUAUAUCUACAAAAUAAUCUCAUUCCAAAAAUCGAAAAUCUAUCAAAGCUGAAAAAACUAGAAUAUUUGAAUUUAGCUCUAAAUAAUAUUGAAAAAGUGGAGAACUUAGAAGGUUGCGAAUCCUUGAAAAAGCUAGAUUUGACAGUAAAUUUUAUUGGGGACUUGUUUAGUAUCGAAUCUUUAGGUAAUGUGCAUUUUCUUGAAGAACUUUAUUUAACUGGAAAUCCGUGCACAGAAUAUCCAGGGUAUAGAGAAUUCGUGAUUGCUACGUUACCGCAAUUAAAAUUGCUAGAUGGAGUGGAAAUAACUAAAUCGGAACGCAUUAUCGCAAUGCAAAACUUGGAACGUAUUCGUCCAAUCAUAGAAGAAAAACAAAGAGAGCACGGAUUGAAAAGAAAUUCUGAAAAGGUCGAAGCAGUACGAAGAAACGAAAGAUUCGCCAAGGCAAAUACAGAUUCCAGUUACACAACUUUGGGUUUAGAAGAAUAUUGGUCUGAAAAAGUUCCUUACACACCCGAAUCACGAAUUGAAACACAUGAAUAUAUGCAACAAAAAGAAAAAUCAAGACAAGAAACAAAAAACUCAAGGAUAGAACCGCGAGUAAUCACAAAAUAUUUUGCCGAAGACGGCCGACCAUACAAUAUCAACACAGCUAAGAUAGAGUUCAACCUCAAGGAAGAUAUAUUAGACGAUCACGAUGUUUACAUACUCGAUGUUGCUGUAUAUAAGCAUAUGGAUACAGCUUUGAUAAAAUGCGACAUACAAGUCAAUUACGUCCGAGUAACACUUAAAAGAAAGGUUUUCCAACUAGCUUUACCAGAUGAAGUUAGAGCCGAUGCUUCACAUGUCAAGCGUUCUUUAACGACAGGACAUUUGUUGAUUACUAUGCCAAAGGCAUCUCAGGAAAUCAGAAGAUCGACAAAUAAUGAACAUAAAAGUUCUCACGAAAAAACCAACAAAACAAAUCAUAUUUUUGUUCAGGAUUUUAAUAAGCCAAACGCUACUUUUAGUGAACUCUCUGGAAACAAUUCAUCAAAAUGUAAGGAAUCGUUUCUUCACAUCAAAAAACAAUCGACGACCCAAGAAUGUACAACGAAUAUAUUGAAGACUGUUCAGACGUUCCACCGCUUAUUUGAUUCGUGGGAUUUACAAACAAACCGUUUAUAUUUUGGAUUGUUAAUUUUGAUUUGUGAAUGUGAACAAACUUUAGUUGGAAUAUUUAUUUAGAAAGACACUGAUUUAUUUUGUUUUCCUCACGCUUUGCAUUUAAAAAAUACUACAUGGUACUUAGCCUCACUUUCAAGAAAUGAGCCUCUGUUUGAACUAAAGAGAAAGUGCAUUAGGUUUCCAGAGGGAAAAGAAUCUGAAAUAUCUAUUUUCUAUUGAUUCGAAUAAACCCAGAGAUGUUAUUUCAAUGUUUC